UAUUAACCAACAGAUGUCAAUUUUUCUCUGGCAUUAACAACCAGCGGUUAUAAAGCAAUAAAUUACCAAAAUUAUCCUACUCGAUAAAUGUAAAAUUGGAAUAUUUCGGCAGAUAUUAGUGUAAAAAUACAAACAAAAGUAAACUUUACUUCAAUAAAAUGAAUGAGGAAUUCAAACUGCCUAAACGUUCUCGAAAACGGCUUCGUGAGGUAAAGCGUAGGGCUCGUCCGGAGUUGGGGGACAAAGAGGCAUGGUCUGCCUUACGAUAUUACGAGAGAUUUCAAGAUUUUCAAAAAUUUGAGGAUAAUGUUGAACGCAUUAAGGAGUCUGACGUUAGUUGUGAGGAGUUUAUAGAACGUUAUGAAAAACCCUACCUUCCAGUUGUUAUAGAGGGUUGUCAAGAAGGAUGGCAAGCAGAAGAAAAAUGGACAGUAUCACGUCUAGCAAAAAAGUAUCGAAAUCAAAAAUUCAAAUGUGGAGAAGACAACGAGGGUUACAGUGUUAAAAUGAAAAUGAAAUACUAUGUCGAAUAUAUGCGGUCUACUCUUGAUGAUAGUCCCUUAUAUAUCUUUGAUAGUAGCUUCGGAGAACAUCAUCGUCGUCGUAAAUUGCUUGAUGACUAUACAGUGCCGAAGUAUUUCCGCGAUGAUUUAUUCAAGCAUUGUGGAGAAGAACGUCGUCCCCCAUACCGCUGGUUUGUAAUGGGCCCAGAACGUUCUGGUACUGGUAUACAUAUAGAUCCUUUGGGUACAAGCGCUUGGAACGCACUUCUUAGAGGUCAUAAACGUUGGUGCUUAUUUCCAACCCAAACUCCUAAGGACCUUUUAAAAGUACCUAGUGCCGUGGGAGGAAAGCAACGUGAUGAAGCAAUAACCUGGUUUAACACGAUUUACCCACGAACUAAACAAUCAGACUGGCCGGCAGAUUUUCGACCCCUUGAAAUAUUACAAAAACCAGGUGAAACUGUGUUUGUGCCAGGGGGUUGGUGGCAUGUAGUGUUGAAUUUAGAUGAAACUGUCGCCAUCACUCAGAACUUUUGCAGUCGCACAAAUUUCCCGGUUGUUUGGCACAAAAGUAUUCGAGGUCGUCCAAAAUUAUCUCGAAAGUGGUUGCGUGUUCUACGUGAAAAGGAACCAGAUUUAGCCAAGCUUGCGGAAAGCAUUAAUGUUGAACAAAGUACCGGCUUUGCGUCAGAUAGUUCUAGUAACUCAAGUUCUUCAUCUAGUUCCUCAUCAUCAUCAUCAGAAAACGAAGGUAAUGAUAGCGAGAGUGGCAGCUCCAAUACUGAUAGUGGGCAAGAAAGUCUAACCGCUAAGAAGAAGAAAAAGAGGCGGUUGGGAGGUGGUAUGGCGUCCAGCUCUUGAUGUCGGCUGCGUUGUAGUGACGAAAAUAUAAUGAUAAAUGCAGAAAUUAAAUAUACUACUUAUGAUAGCGUUCACCGAUCUGAAGAAAGCAAAUUAAAAUUAGGAGAAAAUAGAAGCUUAACAAGAAUGCUCCGAAUGCGUUUGAAGACGCUCCUGCACUGCAAAAGUUAACAUUUAUAUAACAAGGCACUUCAUACCCAACCUUAAUUAAAUUCAUUAAAUCAAACGAUCCUAAACUUCGGUUUAGCUAAAUGUAUUCAUGUAAGAAUUCUAACCAAUAUUUAACGCGGAUCGGAUUAUUUUAAGCAACUGUAUACAUUUUAAUUUGUUUAGCAGCAAUAAGUAGUAACAGUAUAAUAUAUAGCGUUUUCAGUUGGAACUUUAAAAUCAUAUUGAAAUAUUACUUCAAAUAAAUUAAAUUACAAAACUAUAAAAAUAA